GUGAAAAUGCGGGCAAGUGCAGAUCUGUGGCUACAGCGCCCCCUACUGCUGCAGCAACUACUGCUGCAACUACUGCUGCAGCUCCAGCGAGGAGAGGGAAUAUACUGGCUUGGUUUGGCAUCCCGUGGUGUUCCUGCUAGUUGGAAUCACACUCAGCACUGCAAGCUGCUCCAUGCUCUGGCUCCAGACCAGCAGCAGCUCUGCAGGAGGAACCUAGAGCUGAUGGGCAGCGUGGUGCAGGCAGCCGAACUGACCAAAACGGCCUGCCAAAGCUCCUUCAAGGACAUGCGCUGGAACUGUUCAUCCAUCCAGAGUGCACCAAACUUCAGUCCAGACCUGGCCAAAGGUACACGAGAGUCUGCGUUUGUGUUUUCUCUCUCUGCGGCUGUAUUAAGUCACUCUAUUGCCCGCUCAUGUGCGUCUGGCUCUCUGCCCGGCUGCUCCUGCGCUCCGGCCCCAGCUGAGCAGGCCUCAGCCGAUUUUCGGUGGGGGGGCUGUGGAGAUAACAUUCGAUACGGGCUGCAGAUGGGCUCGGCCUUUUCUGACGCGCCACUCAACAGCAGACGCUCUGGACCCCCAGCCGUUAGACUCAUGCACCUGCACAACAAUGCUGUGGGCAGACAGGCGGUGCUGGACGCCUUGGAGACGAGGUGUAAGUGUCACGGCGUCUCCGGUUCGUGUUCGGUGAAGACCUGCUGGAAGUCCCUGCUAGAUGUGGGUCACAUUUCGGCUCAGCUGAAGACACGCUACCUUUCGGCAACUAAGGUGGUCCCACGCCAGAUGGGGUCCCGCAGGCAGUUGGUCCCCCGGGAGAUGGACGUGAGACCGGUGCUGGAGAACGAACUCGUCUACCUGCUCAGCUCACCUGACUACUGCUCACACAACGCCAAGCACGGCUCGUAUGGAACGACCGACAGGCAGUGCAAUAAGACGACGAGCGGCAGCGAUAGCUGUGGGUUAAUGUGCUGCGGCCGUGGCUACAACACCUACACCGAGCAGGUGGAGGAACGCUGCAACUGCCGCUAUCACUGGUGCUGCUAUGUCACCUGCAAGAAAUGCCAAUACACUGUGGAGAGACACAUCUGCAAGUGAGCCGGAGAGAAAGACUGAUACAGAAACGCCACCUAUUCCACUUAUUCUUCUCUUUCACACUCCCGAACUUUGUACCUCGCACGUGCUAAAGGAGGUGUGGGGUGCGCUAAUUUUGGGAAAUGGAAUUAGACAAAAACCCCUGAAACGCCUGCAAACAUGGAGACGAGUUUUCACGCUUGGUGUGUUUAAGUUUUCUAACUUGGCUAAACUUGGUAACCGCCAAGCUACACUUCUGCUAUUAGAAUAAGCUAAGCUAACAUUAGUUACAGCUAAGCCUCACUUGGCUAUCUAGUGACCUGCUAUUUGGGCUAGAUAGCAUUAAUUUAGCAUGACGACGGCCAAUCUACACGUAGCUAACCCGUUUUCUGUGCUGCUAUACACUAAAAAAUAUGACUUAAACAUAAUAUCAGCCAACCUACACCUAGUUAAGUAGCAUACUGUGCUAAGAUCAGGACAAAGUACAGUAACAUUAGUUAUUAUGACUUGGCUAAACUUAAUAACAGCCGGUCUACACGUGGCUAACUAGCAGGCUGCACUGCUCUUAGUUUAAGGUAGCCUAAAUUAAAAUGGGUUAAUGUUGGCUGCCUUAAACGUUACUUUUGAGAGGUUUACUGCGGUUUUAUUGAUAUCGUUUGCAGACACAAUGAUCAAAUGAUCGCACCUGGCUGUUUAACAUAAGCUAAAGGUGUAUAUCUUGCACAGAUAUGCCUUUAGAGAGUUUAAAGGGAACUUCUGGGGUGCCUUUCUUUCCCGGAAUUGGGAGACGCGGAAGCCGCAAGCACUGGAUAUAUUUUGUUGGGAUGCGAGGUUUGAGGAGGACCAGCUUGGAAGCCUUUGUGUGUUUGUUUUUGAGUGGAAUUUCUCACAGGAGUGAAGAGUGAAGCACUGAGAGAAGAAUGAGGGACUGAGAGAGAGAGAGAGUGAUGAAAGAGUCAGAUUCCUGGGUGGAUAGACCAAACAAUAGGAUGGGCGAGAGACAAUGGGCCGAGGUGUCAGACUGAAACUCCAGAGGUGGAAACAACUCAAACACUGAUUAACCUGCCCCAGAAACCUCAGAGAAAGAAGAGAAAAGAGAGAUGUGGGGGAAGAGCAGCGUUGUCUGCUGCUACUUUCUUUAUUUAUUUAUCACUGAUGUAUCUCGCUUAAAGUGAUAGUUUGGCAAAAAAAAAAAAAUAAUGAUAAAAAUCAGAUCGACCCAGUUUUACCCAAACCUAAAUCCAAACUGAUCAGCUGAAACUUGCUCAUUGUCUGAAGUUCGCUUCUUUAGUUUAAGAUAAUGUAGCUACAUAAUAAAGACCUACGCGCUCUUCAAGGGUUCUUUAGUAAAGGCAAUGGUUCUGUUCAGAAGCAGGUGCUUACAUGGUUGUUUGUUGAAAUGGUUCUUCAGAUGUACAACACAUUCUCCAGCAAUUUGAAGAACGAUUUCACCAUG